GACGCAUGCGCACAGACUCGAGGCUGACAUCACAGAAAAUGAAAUGCUCAAAACUAUAAUCAGCAAGAUAGCACGCUUGAAGAAAUGAAGAUAAUUUCUACGUGCUUGUCGUAACUGGAACGAUGCAAACACUACAGACGCUGAACUAAGCAUCCCAAAUCAUAUUUUAGUGUCCAAGUUUGUCUUACCAGGAAAGGUGAAUUUUCACGAAGGAAAUCUAGAUGAGUUUGCCUUGGAAUAAAUAACACACUAUUUGCCGGUCUGUCUGCCUUAGCUUCUGAAGAAAAUAAAUCAUGAGAUUGGCAGGGCCUCUGCGAGCUGUUGCUGUGCUGCUAUUGGUGGGCCUCACCUGGGUGUUAGCCAGCUCCAUACUUGGAGGGGACAGCAACUUGGUGGUCAAACACUUCUUCAGUGGGACAAACGAGGAGCCAACAGCUGAGCCCAAACCACACAGGUACAAGUGUGGUCUGUCGGCUCCUUGUCCUCAGAAACAUCUGGCUUUCCGCAUCGUCUCUGGAGCCGCCAACGUCAUUGGGCCCAAAAUCUGCCUGGAAGAUAAGAUCCUUGUCAGCAGUGUCAACAACAAUGUUGGUAGAGGACUAAACAUUGCUUUAGUAAAUGGGGUAUCUGGAGAGCUCUUGGACACAAAAGCAUUUGAUAUGUGGGCAGGAGAUGUUACUGACCUGUUGAAGUAUCUCCUACCUUUACAUGAGGGAACACUUGUGUUUGUAGCUUCCUUUGACGAUCCUGCCACAAAAUUAAAUGACGAGGCUCGUCGUCUGUUUGAGGAGCUGGGUAGCACAGCAGUGAAGGAGCUCACCUUCAGAGACAGCUGGGUGUUUUUAGGAGCCAAGGGCAUCGAGAACAAGAGCCCAUUCGAACAGCAUAUGAAGAACAGUAAGAACAGUAACAAGUACGAAGGCUGGCCUGAGUCUCUGGAAAUGGACGGCUGUGUCCCCCUCCGUUCCCCUUCAGAGGGCUAAACACACUCUGCUUGUAUCCCUCCCUUCCUCCACUCUUCUCAGAUGAUGCUUAUGCCCUACAUGGAUCCAAUGCUUUUAAAUACUGGGAGUGUGCAAGACAAGUGCACACUUUGGGAGAAGGGUGGAGAGUUGGAACGCAACCUGUUUCUAAGGAUUAGCACCUUUUGAGAACGAAAGCCUCUGGUUCUAAGGACUAGCACCUUUUGAGAAUGAAGGCCUCUGGUUCUAAGGAUUAGCAGUACAGAUCUAUCUGGAAAAUCUGGAGCAGCAGAAGCAUUGACUAUGACAUUUUGACUCGCCUCGAUUUACAGGCUUCCUCACAUUCCUUCUCUUUAUUGAAACUUGUGGCGUUUCUAUCACAACGGCGUUUUUCUGUGUCUCUCGGCACCCAUUAUUAGCCAAACGAUCAUUUAGACAAGCCCACAUAAUGGGCUUAAGAUGGCCCUAUGGCCAGUCUGUCCCUAAUGAGACUUGAGUAUGGUAUUGGUAUUGCACGACUACAGUUGGAUAAAUGAUGCUCUGUUACAGUAUCAUGUAACUACAGGGAGGUAAAGACUCUUACAAUACUUAUUUUUUUUCCUUCACUUUUUGUUCUUUUUUUAAGUAACACGUGCUGAAAAGGACAUCUUCUCUUGAGUGGACUGACUCACUCACAAUGCUGGUAGCAAGCUGGCCUGAUGGUUGAUAUGCUAACUUGUUGAAGCAACUGUUUGGACAUGACAUUUGAACUAGGAAUUGAUUUAAGUGUUUGAGGCUUAAUGUUCCUGGGAAUGACCACAUAGGAGGACAUGGAUAUUUCAGAGACCAAAUGUUUGAUGCACAGAUAAGGGAACAAAUUAUGCUGGAUAGAAAAAAAGAAUAUAUUAAAGAAGUAAUGUCUGUAAAACCCUGCAAAUGCACAGGAAGAGGGCAGAUACUGCUGCCUAUAUGAAUGGAAAUCGCGAACAGAAUACAAUUAGGAUUCACUAACAACAUAUUAUUGCUGGCUGUUCUAGGAAGGAUAUUGAAUGUUAUGAUAAAUUAAAAUGCAUUAAUAUAUAUUUUGUAUGCAUAGUUUAAUAUAUUAAAUUGUAGAUUUCAAUCUAUUUGUGCUAGCCUGAGUGCCGGUAUGUUUGUUCCAUCAUGACAACUUGUAGUCAUGUCAAACAUUUGGCUUGACAAGGUGUAAUGGAAGCACAAACAGAUCUGGGACCAGGUUAAAGUGCUAAUAACCUCCACCUUUUAUGUGAGGGUUACCCUGGGGGUCGGAUGUGGGGCUACACCAAUGCCAUGAUUACUGUAUAUAUGUGACCUUUGUAUGCUUGCAAUGCUCAGUGAUGGAAAAGUACUGGGUAAAUGGAGAUGUACUGCUUUAGUUCUCAGGCUGAGAAUUGUCUGCAUCUGCUGACAGUCACACAGCCUCAAGGCCGAGAGAGUAGAGUGAGAAACCACUGUGUAGACAUGUUUUUCUCAUUUUAGAUACGUUUUAUAACAAUGUUAAGAUAUGAUUGACGGUAGGUUGUAUAAAGAGUGUUGUCUCUUGUUUCGCCACACAGAUGUUUACUAUAGACUAUUGAGGUAUUCUGUAUGCAAAACUGUCUGCAAUUGAAUUUUAUUACUAAAGAGUUUUAUACCAAG